AUGGAGGAGUUAGUGGACCUGUCCCGGGACGAGAGCGACACUACGAUCGUGCUAGACUACGCUCCUGACGACAACGAGAGCGAAGGGUCAACUAGUGAUGGCGUCGAGCGCACGGAGCAGGGCAUUGGUGGCAUCAGUGAAUGCGCGACAGAGUUAUCUGCCAAAGUGGUUGUCGUCACCGCAUCUCCCGAUCUGGAUGGUGGAGGCUCUAAAAGCUCUCUUGACGUUGGUUCUGAUGGUGAUGUUGCCAGUGUUGGGGCUGUAGCUGAACUUUAAAGAGGUUUAUCGGUGAUUCCUAAGGAAAUAUACAGCAGCAUCGGCUUUUACGACACACUCGG